CCUGAAGAAGAGGUCGCAGACACAGUUUUCUGUCUCGAUAAACAACAUUUUCAAGCCUACAACACGCCACGUCCCGCAAAGGUCCGCGACUACUUUGACGAAGACAUUCGUCGAAAGAUUCCCUGAAGGCUAUAUAAUCUAUUCAAGCCUAUCCAAAGCAUAAUCUCGCUCUUACAAAAUGGCCGUUUCCGCCCGAAGUGCCUAUCGUCAAAUUCUCCGCGCCACCCGUGUUGCUUUCCAAAAUGACACCCGUGUGAUGCUCGCUGCCCGUCAAGAGGCCCGUCGGAAUUUCGAUGACCAUCCUCGUGUCGGAAUCGACACCCCCAUGAAGAUCAACCAUGCCGUGGAGGUGGCCAACAUCCUGAAGCAUAACCUUGUGCAAGGGUCUCGAUCGGCCGAGGACGACGCUGCGAAAUGGGAACUUAAUAUUCACGACGAUAUCGAACGCGGCGACAACGAUUCGGUCAAGAUUGGGGGCAAGAAUGUCAAGGUUGACAAGCCAUGCUCUGCAUAGAUGGAACCUGUCUACGAGUGCUGGUCUGCAUGCUCUACUACUUGGGAUGAGAUUGCAGAAUAGUUGCAUUUGUGCUUUGUAUUAUAGUAUACCCGAACUUUUCUCUCCUUCCGGCGUCUUCUGGGGUAUUUUGGAUUGAUAACAGCAAUGUAAAAAGAAUAGACAAAACGCCCGCUUUGAAUGUAC